UUAAACUGGCUGCAGAUCCAUUCGCGAGAACGGCUGAUGGGAAGGAUUGUCUAAGCACCAUGGGUGACGAGGUUGAGGAGCCGGAGCCGGAGGAGCCGGAGGAGCCGGAGGAGCCGGAGGCGAAUUCGAAGCUUGCGGACGCCAGAGAGAAGGAGGAGCUCCGAGGAAAGGAGGCCUUUCAGAGAGGGGAUUAUGAGGAGGCGGUCAAAGCAUGGACGGCAUCCUUGCGCUCCGUCAAGUACCUCUUGGAAAAGAAUCUGUAUGCGCACAAUGCUGAGCAUCAGAAGGAGGUAGAGAAGAUGGAUGUGAGAUUCAACCUGAACCUCGCCAUGGCCCACAUCAGGAUGCGGGAGUUCGGCAAAGCGAUUGAAUUUGCGGACAAUGCGUUGAAGCGGGAUCCAAAGAACACCGUGGCGCUGUAUCGGAAGUCCCUGGCGCUGAUGGAGGUCCUGAACUUCCCGGAGGCCAUGGUGUGCUUGCAGCAGUUCCUGGAGAUCUCGCCGGACAGCAAGUCGGCCCAGGAGAUGCUGCAGAGGGCGAGAUACCACGAGAAGAAGGGCGAGCUUCGGGCCAAGAAGAUCGCGAAGAGGAUCUUUGGAUCGCAGGCUUCGUCUUCGGGCACUUCGGGCGCUUCUUUUGGCGCCUCGGGGCUGCUGCAGCGACUGCGGCAAAUCUGCUGCAGGCGCCGCAAAGAGGACUGAGAGCUGUCCGAGCCGUUAGCAGAGGGUCUCCUCCACUUGCUUUGGAUUACGGACCAUGGAGGCAGGGUUGUUGUUGGGAA